AUGUCUUUCAUGGAGGCUCCUAUCCCUGCGGCGACUAAGCUUGCCCAUUACCGAACUCUUUCCCCCAAUGCGGGUAUUCAUGUCUCUCCUCUGCAACUUGGCGCGAUGAGCGUUGGCGACAAAUGGGCGAAGCUCGGAAUGGGCUCAAUGGACAAGGAAUCGAGCUUUAAACUGCUCGACGCCUUUGCGGAGAAGGGUGGUAACUUCAUCGACACCGCGAACGGCUAUCAAGACGAAUCGUCCGAGGAGUUUCUGGGCGAAUGGAUGGAGCAGCGCAACAUCCGCGACCAGAUGUACACUGCCCUGUACAAGCAGCGCAAACCAGGCUUCCUCAACAAGGCCAACCACGCCGGCAACAACGUCAAAUCGAUGCAUCUCAGCGUCGAAGCCAGUCUCAAGAAGCUCCGCACCUCGUAUAUCGACAUCCUCUACGUCCAUUGGUGGGAUUGGGACACGAGCAUCGAAGAAGUGAUGAACGGUCUUCAUAACCUUGUUGUCCAAGGCAAAGUCCUCUACCUCGGCAUCUCAGACGCUCCGGCCUGGGUCGUUUCCGAGGCCAACCGCUACGCGAAAGACCACGGGAAGUCACCGUUUGUCAUCUACCAAGGUCGAUGGAACAUCCUCGAACGCUCUUUUGAGCGUGAGAUCAUUCCUAUGGCUCGUGCUCAUGGCAUGGCAUUGGCACCAUGGGAUGUUCUCGUUGCGGGAAAGAUUCGAACCGAUGCUGAAGAGCAAGUCCGUCGCGAGAGCGGCGAGAAGGGCCGCGCCCUCUUCGGCCCAGACUGGGAACGCAACGAAAACGAAGUCAAGAUAUCACGUGCUCUCGAGAAAGUCGCUGCUGAGGUCGGGCGCCAAGUCUAUCCAAGCCAGUACACAUAUUUCCUCAUCUCCAACUCUCUAACUGACCCACCGACAGUCGCAAUCGCCUAUGUGAUGCAGAAAGCCCCCUACUGCUUCCCCAUCAUUGGAGGCCGAAAAAUCGAGCACCUUGUCGCCAACAUUGAAGCGCUUGACAUCGAUCUUUCGCCCGAGCAGAUCAAGUACCUCGAGAGUGUUGUACCAUUCGACCCAGGCUUCCCCACUAACAUGAUUGGAGACGGUAGUGAGCAAUCCUUCCUGGUCCAGUCGGCAGGCAUUUGGGUUCACUUGCCGCGCGUCGAACCACUGCGACCGAGCAAGGACUAG